AUGAGGGAUUGGUCAGGACGGGGCAAUAUGGAAUGGUAUUUGAUGAAAAUCCUUGAGGAUGGAGCUUUUCUAUUGGAGAAAGCCGAGGAUCAGGCUGGUACCCGUAUACAUGUUGAGCCACGGAAUGCAAAGGACUCUAUAGCCGCAGAUGAAUUUUAUGAUGGAGCAAUUCAUGGUCUUUUCGGUAUCAUUGACGAUCCAGGUGCUGGAGGUAUUCCAGAAGGUUUAAUCGAACUUGGUAACGCCAUACUUCGAAAACUCGACCCCAAGAGACACGGACCUACCAGGAGAUUUUUAGUAUCAAAAUGGUUAUUCUCUGUCUUUUUAUUGAAUGCAAUAAUCCAUCCAGAGUCAUACGGAAUGAUGUCUGAAUAUCACAUUACGGAAUAUGGUAGGCAAAAAAUACUGAAAGAGGUUGCGAUGCGUGCACAGCGCCUUGUCGUUGAUAUGACCUGGAAUAAGUCCUCUCCGCCACCAGCAAUCAAAGCUCACAUAGAGAAUAUCUUGGCACGUUUCCGUUCCGCAAGACCGUCAAAAUCCAUUGCAAAGCUGCUUCCCGCAAGGUCUAUUACCUCUUUAAGGGAGACAGCCGAGGUGCAUCCUUAUCUUGUUCUAGCACCUGCUGACCUAAUGACCAUGGUAAAUGCAUUGUUUCCAGAAAGACGGCCUGCAUCAAGUUUCUCCAUGAAAGACUCCCAUCUCAGUGGCUUGCGAUCUGCGGCUUCUUCUGUCUCAGGAAUGUCUGCCAUAUCAGUGCAAAUACCGCAACCGCCUAUUCGUGAAAGUUUAGACAGUGCUUCAAUAAUGAGUAACAGUGGCUCAUCCACGAUUAGUGAUGUAACCACAUCAAGAGAGCCCCUGCUCAAUGAGACAUCGAGCACACAACAACGAGCAUCGUCUAUAUCAGUAUCAUCUAAUCGUCAAAACCAACGACUUAGUUAUUAUGAAGACGAUGGUUUCGAGCUCCGGGAAGCUCUCCAAGAAAUGUCGCGUGCUUUAGGUAGCAAUACAACCUCCGGCGCAUGCCAUCCUUGCGCCGAACGAUGGAUUGUUUUAUUCAUGACACCGGACGGACAGGGUCUGUCAACUCAAAUGCUCCAUGAUGACGACGAAGAUGAUGAAGAAGCUACUUCUAGCAGUGACACAGAUGAGGAUAACAAUGGAGUUCGUUCAGAUCUUGAUAAAGACUAUCAUCAGUUGAGAAGCUCCAUUCUUAAACUUGUGGAAGAUUAUGAAAUCCCGGAAUCGCUUGAUUCGAGAAGUGAAUCAAAGACUUUCAGCAAUCGCACAUCAAUCCUGGAGACUCCUCGUAGGAAGUAUCACAGCAAGCCAAAGUCUCUAGCUCAGAUACAAUCGAGGAACCCCUAUCGCACUCAGGAUCAAUCUCCAAGAACAGAUAAAUCUUCAAGAGCGGUUGAUACUAAGCAUGCAAGACAGAGAGCUGAAACAGAGACCGAGGCUCCUUCCGUUCUGAUUUCUAUGCUAGAAGCUGCUGAGUCUCAAUGCAAGGCACAGUCUGAUUUUAUUAACGCUCAUCUAUACUGGAAAACUCUGAGACAGCUCAAUCAAAUGUCAUCCGCUUCACUGAAGAGGGAUGGCUUUGCAUCUCUCCUGACUAUUCUCUCUAGGGGACCCAGGGACUGCAUCCGACGCUCUACCAGUGCCAUCGAAGAAUACGACGCCUGGUUGGUUUGGCUUAAGCAGUCACAGGAACGCCACGAUACAACAAUUGAAUCUAUGAUGAAACGUCUGAAAGCUCUCCGUGACAAAAUGUGGUAUGUCACCGACGUUCGGAAUUCGGCAGCCUAUGAGGGCACUCGAAACAUUGCCAUAGCUCUGAAGUGCAUGGUUUCACCAAAGAAAGGAUCCCAUUUGGAUAAGUCUAACACGCGCUCUCGCAAUAUUCCGAAGCCGGUAGCAAAUAAUUUUCUUCUGAAGACAGAGGCGCAAGUAAUGGACAUGAUGGCUGCUAAUGAGGACCAAGGCGGUCCAAACAAGCUGUCGGACGAGCAAGCAGAGAAGACUCUGAGGUGGCUGUCUCAGUUUGGUAUCGAAAACUUUUGCAAGGGCGAAGAAAGAAUCCAUAGAUUCAGCUUGGAGAUCGAAACGUGCAUCAAUAAACUCGUUGGAGAUAAUUUGAUGGAAGGGCCUGUUCUCUGGUCUAGUGAGCUUUACAAUAGAGAUAAACGGAUUCUGGACAGCGGAAAACAAAAAGGCGAUCUUUCUUUCAACAGUUUUGGGUCUCUGAACCUGUCUGGGGAAGACUUGACUGAUGCCGAUAGCACACGCCGUGGCCUACGCAGUACAGACUUCAAUCGUCCUGGGUUCCAUGAUCUUCGGGCUAUGUCUACCAGGAAUAAUUCCCAGCAAAGUUUCAGCUCGGGAAGAUUCAACACAUUACGGAUAAAUCCUCCAGGGGAUCUUAUGGACUCACAGGAUUAUUUUGGGAUGGCAAGUCCCGUAUUGACAAUAGAUUCUGCAACGACUUUCUGGUCGCCUCUUCAAACCCGAGCUCAGUCACCAACCACGAGCGUCAGCAGUCAUCGGCCAGAUACUGCCUCAUCUACCAAUGAAACUAUCAUGCUAAAGGAUGACCAUAUGAACGCAGCUAAGCAGCGAUUUUUGACAGAUUUGAAGCAGACUUUGACGAGCUUGCUACUGAGCGACCUUGGCACCCUCGUUUUUGCUCGUGGGAGUGAGACAGAUUCUUGGUUUUCGGGUUCUAUAGGUCAAGACUGUAUCGAAAGAAAAGAUCGUGCAGAUAGGAGAGCCAGGAGGAAGAAUAGAAAACGUGUAAUUGAAAAAAAGAAGAGUUUUGGGGAUCUUCGCGGAGCUCAAAAGAUAGAACAACCCCCAAUAGAACGCCAAGACUCACAUGGCGAAAAAGCGGAAAAGGGUUGCACGUCGAGUAACAAAAGUCUCCCAGAUACUGGAGCUUCGGAAAACCGUUCUACCACGGGAAGUUCUUCCACUAGCGAUUCUGUCAGCACAAGGCCUAGGAAGGGUACGAUCAGAGCCGCAAAAGAGUCAGAUAAUUUGGAGUUUCCUUACAGAAUGGCUUUUCAGCGCCUAUUGCGCAUGUUUUCUGUUCACCCUAAUCCCUACGCGAAGCUCAACGCGCUGUACGAGUUGGAGCAUUUGAUCAUAGCAUACUUGACACCGUCCACCACGAGGCGGCCUAGAGUGCGACAGGAACCCGUACCCACCUCCCCACAAUCCCCGGAAAUUUCGCACCAUACUGCCUUCGGGCCUACCGAUGCCACAACAACCACCCCAAGGGCAAAAACACUUGGAGAAGCGAUUGACAAUUGCAAAGAGCGUCGGUCCCAUACAAUCAAUCAAGGAGAUAACCCUUCGCCAGCCAACCGAAAUACUGAUCGAUAUCCGAGCUCGAAUGUGCCAACUGCCGCGAGUACGGAUAUGAUUGUCGAAGUCUUGCAAGACCUGUUUCGCGACGCAGACAUGAGGCCAAAGACAUUGUUCCGCGAUCUACAAUUCAUUGCUUCAUUUGUCCCAGCUGCUACUUUAGAUAAAACUGAACGCGGGAAAGCUUUCUGGGACGCUGGACUUGCCGCACUUGGCCUGAAACAAGAUGUCUGUCGCACACUCAUAGAAAUUGCAGAUGAGAUAGUGGUACAUUACACCCAAACCCGGAAGACAACAACCACAGUACCAGACUCAUCGUCCCUUAACGGCGAACUGAUGAAAUAUAGCAUGCAGGAUGCUGCUAAUAUGUGGUCAAUUACGGCUAAAGAAGGGGACCCGGUGGCAGAGCGAGAACUUGCCAUAUUUUAUCUGACUCACCCUGAAUUGGUGGAAAGAAUUACUGCUCCCUUGAGCAAACCUCGCGAAACUUUUAAAGCACAGGUCAUGGAGAUGCAUCAGGGCAAAGAAGGUGUGGUGACGGAGAGGGAUAGAGAGAGGAGUGAUCCUGCUACUAUGUGUGUUGCUUAUCAUUGGAUGGAGCUAAGUGCACUUGGCGGAGACGAACUGGCAAAGAAAUAUCUACGACAGCGCGAGGAACUGAACGCCAUUCCAUGA